UUAUUUUUCGUUCUUGUUUACAGAAUACACAUUGUGGAAACAGGAUGAAGUUGACCAGUGAAACGUUGCCCAAGAAUCCCUUUUAUACCUCCCUAUCCCAGUACGUUGCUAAGAACCAAAAAUUCUUCCAGUGGAGAAAGGAAAAGACUGAUCAUUACAGCCAUGCUAAUUUGGUGGAUAAAGCAUUGCAGCUCUUGAAGGAAAGAAUAAGAAGAGGGGACGCUAUGGCAUAUUUCCUAAGAGGUCAACUAUAUUUUGAAGAGGGAUGGUAUGAAGAAGCAUUAGAACAGUUUGAAGAAAUCAAGGAAAAGGAUCAUCAAGCAACUUACCAGCUAGGAGUAAUGUAUUAUGAUGGGCUGGGGACGACUGCAGACGCUGAAAAAGGAGUGGAAUAUAUGAAGAAAAUUGUUGAUUCUCCAUGUCCCAAAGCAAGACACUUACAAUUUGCAGCUGCUUACAACCUUGGAAGAGCUUACUACGAAGGAAAAGGCGUCCGGCGAUCAGAUGAGGAAGCGGAAAGACUGUGGCUUUUUGCUGCAGACAAUGGAAAUCCGAAAGCUAGUGUGAAGGCUCAAAGUACCCUAGGAUUGUAUUACUCAACACAAGAGCCUAAGCAAUUAGAAAAGGCAUUUUAUUGGCAUUCAGAAGCAUGUGGCAAUGGAAAUCUGGAGUCCCAGGGUGCACUUGGGCUCAUGUACUUUUACGGACAAGGCAUCCGCCAGGACACUGAAGCUGCCCUGCAUUGCUUACGGGAGGCAGCGGAACGUGGAAAUGUCUACGCUCAAGGGAAUCUCGUGGAAUAUUACUAUAAGAUGAAAUUUUUUACAAAGUGUGUUGCAUUUUCCAAAAGGAUUGCUGACUAUGACGAGGUUCAUGACAUCCCCGUGAUAGCCCAGGUCACGGACUGUCUCCCGGAAUUCAUCAGCAGAGGCAUGGCCAUGGCGUCUUUCUACCACGCACGGUGUCUUCAGCUUGGCUUGGGUAUCACGAAGGAUGAAGCAACAGCUAAACACUAUUAUUCCAAAGCUUGUCGUCUGAAUCCUGCAUUGGCAGAUGAACUUCACUCUUUACUCAUUCAUCAAAGAAUUUAGACCAUAAUGCAUUUCAACAAAGACCACCCAUCCUAACACCUUAGAAGGAUCGGAACCCAGGCCUCACCUGGAAUGUUCUCAAGCAGCUUCUGUUGUGCUCUCUGUUUUGU